UCUUUGAUAUAGCUUUGUUAGUUAUAAGAUGGGUCUAAAAGGAAAGGUUCUUGUCCAGGUAGAGAUCAGCUUCCAUGGAGACAUUUAUCAUCAACUCUUUAGUGAGAGACCACAUCACAUCCCCUCCAUGUGCAAAGGUAUUCAUGGUGUUGAAGGCCAAUGGGGAACUGUGGGCUCUAUCAUCACCUGGAAAUUUAGUCAUGAUGGGAAAACCAAGACUGCAGAGGAAGUCAUUGAGGCCAUAGAUGAGAAGGAGAAAUUGGUGAAAUUCAAAGUGAUUGGAGGUGAGAUCUUGGAAGAUUAUAAGAGUUUCAUCAUAACAUGUGAAGUUCAUACUGAUGGUGAUAACCAUUUGGUGACAUGGACUAUUGAGUAUGAAAAGGUGAAAGAGGAAAUUCCUGAGCCAUUAUCUUAUCUGGAAUUUCUUCUUGAUAUUACCAAAGAUAUGGAGGAUCACCAUGCCAACUUGAAGCCAUAAAUAUGAAAUAAUA